AAUACAAAAUUUUGGAAGACAAAAGUGGAUUCUACUUAUUUUCCAACGGGGGGAAACAACUGUAAGGCGGAGGAGGGUGGUAAUGGGCGGCCUGAAAGCGGUGGCCAUCAUUUCCGGCGACCAAAACGUCAAAGGCACUCUACAAUUUAUCCAGCAAUCCAAUGGGUCAACCUACGUGAGAGGGAAAAUAACAGGAUUGAAUCCAGGAUCUCACGGUUUCCAUAUUCAUGCUUUGGGUGACACCACCAAUGGCUGCAAUUCCACCGGACCUCACUUUAAUCCCCAUGGAAAGAGCCAUGGAGCUCCCAAUCAUAAAGAGCGGCAUGCUGGCGAUUUGGGUAACAUUGUUGCUGGUCCAGAUGGGGUUGCUGAGGUUUCAGUUCUGGAUAUGUUGAUUCCUCUAACUGGGGUUAACUCUAUCUUGGGAAGAGCAGUAGUUGUGCAUGCUGAUCCUGAUGAUCUAGGAAGAGGUGGGCAUGAGCUUAGUAAGACCACUAGGAAUGCAGGUGCAAGAAUUGGUUGUGGCAUUAUUGGGCUUCAGGCAUCUGUUUAAACAUUUUGGUUGUUUUUCCUUCUCAAGUAGACAGUAUUGUAAUCACCCUUCAUUAAAUUGUUCCAUGUAUGAAGUUGUUUUGUUACAUUAGUUUAAUCUUUACUAUUAUUAUUUAUUAUCAUCACCAUAAAAGAGUAUUAUUUAU